CCGCAGCAAAAGGGCGACACUAACCCGAACCGGCAGGGGAGGAGGCAGGAUGCACAACCCAAAAAAGUGGAUGCUGGCGGUCAAACACCGGCAUCUCCCAGGGAAGGCGGGGAAGAGGAGGGAACCGCCGAAGACAAGCACAAGACCACCCCAAACAAGGCAGGUGAAGCUACACUCAGCACCCACAGCAACUCAGAACAGUCCAUGGGAUCUCAGCAUCCACACACCAAGGAGAUCGCACCAGCUUCACCACCUACAACAGGGGGUACCCACCCAGCCGCGUCAAGGCAUCGACUGACACCAAAGGGACUGAGACUCUAA